UGCGGCGGGGCUGCGCUGCCCGCCCCGAUGCGCAGCCGAGGCGCCCGUUCCCGGCCCGGCGCAGCAAUGCUGAGUGACAAUAACUCUAUGAAGCUCAAAAGUGAUUGCUCACCUCCUGUGCAAUGGUGUAAGGUGGCUGCACAUGAAGAUGAGAAGACCAAGCUGGUUUUUAAAAGACUUCUUGCACUGUUUGUGGUUGGAGGGUGCUUCCUUUAUAUCCUCAAGUUACAUUUUGGCCCUGAAGAAUGUGACAGAACAAAAAUGCCAUAUGUGGACCUCGAGCGUGUAAGGAGAGCACAACAAUAUGCCAGAGCUGCAUUGCAGGAGCAGUGUCGACCUUCUUAUGUAAAGAAAGAAAUGGGGAAGUUAUUUGCAGAGAAAUACAGCAUGGACGUAUCUCCCUUUGUAAAGAAAAAUAUAAAUGAAGAUGAAGCUUUGUUUAAAUAUGAACCUCCUUUUGGAUUUCACAAGUUCUUUGAUAAGCUUAAAAGUCUCCUUGAACUCUUACCUGAGCAUGAUUUACCAGAAGAUUUGAGGUCAAAGCACUGUAAGCGUUGUGUGGUUGUUGGCAGUGGUGGAAUUCUUCGUGGAUCAAAGCUGGGUCACUUAUUGAAUCAGUUUGAUAUUGUUAUAAGGUUAAAUGAUGCACCAGUUCAAGGAUACACAGAUCACGUUGGUAACAAAACUACUAUCCGGAUGACUUACCCAGAAGGAGCCCCUCUCUCUGAACACGAGUACCCUCCUGCUAGCUUGUUUGUGGCUGUUCUGUUUAAAAGUGUUGAUUUCAACUGGCUUCAGGCAAUGGUUAAAAACGAAACCUUGCCUCUGUGGGUGAGACUCUUCUUUUGGAAGGAGGUUGCAGAGAAAAUUCCUUUUGCGUCAAAGCAGUUUCGGAUUCUGAAUCCAGUCAUCAUCAAAGAGACAGCUUUGGACAUUCUACAGUUCCCUGAACCAAGAUCCAAGUUCUGGGGUUGGGAUAAGAAUGUACCUACAAUUGGGGUCACAGCAGUUGUUCUGGCCACGCAUUUAUGUGACGAAGUGAGCUUAGCAGGGUUUGGCUACGACCUGGAUCAGCCCAGCGCACCUUUGCACUACUACAACAACCUCUGCAUGGCUGCCAUGAACGGACAAACUAUGCACAAUGUGACAAGUGAAACCAGAUUCCUGCAGAAACUGAUCAAAGAAAAGGUUGUCAAAGACCUCACUGGUGGCAUACAUUGUGAGUUCUGUGGCACAGACAGCUAGUGAGUGAAGUGCAGUGUGGUUUGGAUGUGUUAAACUUCCAGAGGUGCAGCUGGAACAAGCUUUUCACUGUCUUUCGGUCUUUAAAGUGUGUACAAACUGGAAGUGGAAUCUCUGCUGCCUUUUUUUUUAAUGUCAUUUUGUUGGACUUUUAAAUUUCUUUUGCUGUCAGAUUUUACUUUGCACAUUUUUUGUGAAUAACUGUGUAAAUACAACUUGGAGUUGAAAGAGAUGCAUUUAAAGUAUUUAAUGUUUUAAGUUGUCUGAAGAAAACCAGAGGUUUUUGUUUUCAGAUGUAUAUAGUACGCACAAUGCUAAGCCUGAGUUGUCUAACAGCAUACAUGAGGGUUUUCUCCACUGAACUACUGUCUCUGUUGAUCCAGUUCUUGGUGUCUGACUCCUUUUCAUGCAUGUCAUGAAAAGAAAGGUGAAUGCUUCUCAAGUCUCUCAGUCCUUGCAGGUGGAGCAUUGUGUUUCCUCCUUAAGUAUUUAUAUUCAUUUGGGUUUGUACUAAUAUUUCUUGGGGGGGAGGGAUGUGAAGGAGGAAUGUGGGAUUGAAGGCAAAGGAAAAGGAACUGUUAUGGCAACAACUGAACAGUAAGUACUUUGGUGCUUUGGUGUUCAUGACUGAUAUUAAAAUCAUUGAUGCAUUAACAUUUUGGGUUAGAAUCCUGCUUCAUCAUGAGGCAUGUUUGGGCCCAGGGUGCACUAUAUGAGGUUUUAGCUAGUAGGAGACUUUCACUUGAACCAGAUCACUUGUCAUUUCCAUUUCUUAAGAACCAGAUAGAUGCUUCUAACUACUUGAUGUGCAGCAGAGUUCAGCUGGCCCAGUUAAAGUGGCAUUAAUACAAAAUCUACCCUUUUUCUUUAAGUGACAUGAGAAUUGCUGGUUCUAUAGAACACUGGUUUGUAUGAAUCUUCCAGUUAGCAGCAACAGGAUCUACGACUAGGUUAAAAUUUCCACUGGUUUACUGUAUGAUCCUUAAGUAAUACAUUACAGAUACUGUAACCUUAAUAGUUUACAAUGGUGAUAACCCUUAGGGAUUCUAGUGUUGACUGUUUAAUUAAUGGGAGAAGUAGUGUUGUUUGCUUUCUUGUAUCAGCUUUUAAGUCAGCAAUUGGAUGAGUGUAAGUUACGAACAAAAUCACAUUGAGGAAGUAGUAUGAACUGUCAGCAAGCUAGAUACCUGCUGGAAACAGCAUCCUUAACCCCAAAGCUCUAGAUUCACGUUCUUGUGACUGGAGAUCAGUGCAUUGCAAAGAAACUGGACUCUGCAGAUCUGUGAGCAGGUUUAGAUGUUCAUUUUUGUUACUAGUAGUGUAGUAGGUAUGACUGUGUUUGCACUGAGUAAUGUUAAUCUCUGUGUAAAAAGCUUUCUUUGGGAAUGGAAGCUUGUUAGCAAAUUGAUCAAAGCUCGGCCUAGAAACCUUGUUCUUUGUCAGGGACUCUCCACAUGGUGAACAUUCCCACUUAUUUUUUUGCUAUGGGUGAAGAUACAAAUGUAGUUCUGAAUGUGAGAAAGCAAGAUGAGGGUGGUUGGAUUCUUUUACUUUUGGGUUUUUCUUCCAUGGAGAGGAGAUGUACUGAAUGAUAAUGUUAGAACACAGGAGCAGCAGACUGAGUCUCACUGUUAUACUAAAAGGCAGUAAAAUGACAUCAGAUCAUAAAGCAUAACUCUGAAGAGCUUCAGACCUCAUCUUUCCUAAGUCCUGAGUAACUACAUGUCCUUGAAAGCCUCUUGUGGAUGGUGAACAAACAUGAAAAUCAAAAGUCUCUGGCACUGUCUGUUUAUAGCAAUAAUAUUAAUCUAACUUCUCUGUGAAAACCGUGAGUUUUUGUACUAGCAAUAAAUAUCUAGUCUUAUUUUAUUUCUUGUAAGUAUAAUAAUUAUAUUGUUUAAUUUAAAAAUAUUCCAAGUGGGAAGAGUUUUAUACAGAUAGUCUUUUAGUUAAUAUAUUAAAAUGUGCUUAUUCUUUUCUCCUGGUAUUUAAACUGGAAGCCAAGUACCUUAGUUUCAUUUGGUGUUCUGAAGUUUUGGGGGAUUCCAGAACGUGUGCAUUGGGAGGACAUCCUGAAUGCACUGAAUUGUGUUCAAAGCACUUGGUCCCUCAUCAGUUUGCUUUAUUCAGAGUAACUUAAAAGUAAUCAGUUGAUCAAUCAAUGUAAAUGUCAAUACUUUUUGGAGAUGCUGUAUUUACUGUCAACCCUCAAAUGAUGUGGAGGUAGGAUUAGCAUUGUUUUCCCACUAGUUUUAUGGCUUGUGAUAAAACACUGUUCCCCAUGGUGGUGUGUGCUGCAUUGAGUAUGUCUGUGCAGGCUUGAGCGUAUGUGAAAUAGCAAAGUUCAGGUUGCAAAAAGCAAUAAACUGAUGAAGCCACUUU